UGAUUAAUAGCGAAUCAUUUUUGUUUUUUUUGUAAGGAUAAAGGCCGUCCCGUGUGUCGUUUCAUGUUCCACGUCGAACGAAGACACGUCGUUUUGAAGCAGCGACUGUGUACCGCAUUGUAGUAGUUUGAAGCGCUCAACACGCACGCGCAACGCAAACAUGGCGAUGCGAAGGAACAUCACCGAGCACUCAUCGAAUGCUCUGCCCUGAGCCAUGUCCACUCUCAUUCAGAUUCGCGACGCCGGCAUCGCCGCCGACGUAGGCGACGGCGUCUACUCUCCGGCGAAGCAGAAAGCCGCCGGCCGAAGCGCCUACAGCAACCGCCCCCUUCUCUCCCUUCGCCGAGCCAAACAGUUUCUCGGCGCCGCCAAGUGCAAGCUCUUGUUCGCGCUCUUCGCACUCUCCGUCGUCGUUUUGGUCGCCUCCAGACUCAGCUCAUGGAUGGGUUGGAACCCUCACCACUCCUCUUAUGUUUCUUCUACUUCAAGGGGUGGAUAUACUGUGCUUAUAAACACUUGGAGGAAAAAAUCUCUUCUGAAACAAACUGUUGCUCAUUAUGCAUCCUGUCGUAGUGCUGAUGCAAUACAUGUGGUGUGGAGUGAACGUGAACAACCAUCUGAGAAGCUGAAAAGAUAUCUUAAUAAGAUUGUGGUUUUGAAGUCUCAAAAAGCUCACAAACACAACUUUAGAUUUGACAUCAAUGCGGAUGAUGAACCAAACAGCAGGUUUAAGCCAAUAAAGGACCUCAGUACAGACGCUGUUUUCUCAGUUGAUGAUGAUGUAAUUGUUCCAUGCUCUACUCUAGAUUUUGCUUUCUCUGUCUGGCAAAGUGCACCAUUCACAAUGGUGGGAUUUGUUCCUCGAAUGCACUGGCUGGAUACGGAGCAACAUAAUGUUGUACAUUACAGGUAUGGGGGAUGGUGGUCUGUUUGGUGGAUGGGCACUUAUAGCAUGGUUCUCUCAAAGGCUGCAUUCUUUCACAGAAAAUACUUGGAUUUAUAUACUCACAAGAUGUCUCCAUCAAUUCAGGACUAUGUCUCCAGGGAUAGAACCUGUGAAGACAUUGCAAUGUCCCUUCUUGUUGCUAAUGCUACAGGUGGUCCUCCUAUAUGGGUGAAAGGCAAAAUCUACGAGGUUGGUGCAUCGGGUAUUAGCAGUUUGAGAGGGCAUAGCCACAGGAGAAACAAAUGUCUCAAUGACUUGAUAUCACUUUAUGGAACAAUUCCACUUAUGUCAACGAAUGUAAAAGCAGUUAGCGCUAGAAAUGAAUGGUUAUGGUAAUUUUUUAUUUCAUUAAUCAGUCACCGAUCCAUUCCACCCACCAAGGAAAAAAUAAAGAGAACAGAACUAAAGAUUAAAAGUCAUUGGUCAAGGAAUUUGUCUGCAUAUUAUGUGUAUAUAAUAGUUCUACACUUCUACUAAAGUGUCUUACUAAGUUUUGAUCCACUGGUGUCUGAUGCAAAACAUGAUGUAAUUUGCACUCAGCUUUUGGCUUGUACUAAUUCUGCAAAUGCCUAGUGCUGAUGAUCACUGAUUUUGUUUGGCAAAAGCAUGAUGCUCCACUUCCCUCUAUAAUUAUUCUGUAACCAUGAGAAUGACUUCUCAAAUAUAUCAGAGCAAAAGACCUAGAUUUGUUCUUAUAAUGAAAGUUGUCAUUACCACUUAUCAACAAAA